GUGUGGUUUAUGCUUUUAUGAUGUCAUGGCAGGCCAAGACACCCACAACAAACCGUAAACGUUAAAUAUUAUUAAAGCGUCCGAGGUUGGCAGGGUGCUCACUUGCCUUCUUGCUCGUGCCGUAGACCCCCAGCUGAUGAGGUCUCCUGAACCGCCACCGUGGCUCGAAUCGCAACUGAUAGAUGGAGCUACCUUAAACCUCGCGCAGCAGGGCUUCCAGAUGGCGAUUGUGGUACUCCAGGAGCAAGAGGGUCCAUGUCGAGUCAGGCUCGGGAACUGAGGCUGGCAAAGGAGAACACCGCACAGAUAGCCAUCUCGGUCAUUCUUUUUCAGAACCAUCCCAGCCAAUUAGAGAUCAGCCGUCGCUUCUGCUACCGCACACGCUCACUCAAAUCCGAUUCUUCCUCUCUUUUUGCUUCCACUUCUGCUUUUUUGCUUUUACUUCUUAUCUUCACUCACCUGCCUGUAUAUUCCACCAAUGACGAUCUCUACUCUCCGCCCAAAGCAGCUCGCCCGUGCGGCUCGUCCUCUGGCUGCUCUCUCCAGAACAUCCACCCUCCUCGCCUCCCCUGCCGUUCAGGUCACCCGUCGUCAGCUGUCCAUCAACGCUGCCCCUGCCAUCACUGUCACCUCACAACGCUUCUGCUCUCCCUACCGCGGCCAGGUCCGUUCCUAUGCCGACUACGUAGUCAAGGUCCCUCACAUGGCCGAAUCGAUCUCGGAGGGUUCCUUGAAGCAGUGGAACAAGAAGGUCGGGGACUUUGUCAACGUGGACGAGGAGGUUGCCAGCAUCGAGACUGACAAGGUAAUAACGCCCGAGUCUUGACAGAAUGUCAUUAGGACACUCCCGCCGGGAUAUCGGGAUAGCAAUCUUGCAGGACACAAAUGUCGGCCAUUCGAAUGAUAUGGUUCGAUCAGCAAUGAAUCCUUUAGCCAUUCCUGUAUCAUCAGCUGGUCUACAAUACAAAGUCAUGGAAGAGACAGAAAAGUCAGCACUCCAGCGGAACGACUACCC